AUGAUACAGCUCUUCCUAGUCAUACUGAUCUCACUUCUCACGGACGUUCUGCUCACAAUUCUCGGGUUCGGUUUCUACUCUACUGGGUUUCAUUUUUCAAUCGACAUUUUACUUGACAAACUUUGUCCGACCACCUUUGAUGUGCGACAAAUCUCGGUGGAUUUCUUAUUAUUGUCGGCUGUUCGAUGGAUCAUCGUUGGAAUCGGAGUGGUUUUGCGUUCACGGCGAUACGAAACGACAACUUUUGAACAUGGACUGAAUAUAUUUACAACACUGAGUAUUUCAUAUACUUUGGGAAAAGGUGAGCCGAUUAGAGCCUAGUCUUAAGAUUAAAAAUUGAUGAUUUGUCCGGUGUAAGGUCUCGAAUAACAUGACGCACAUAAAAAUCAAAAUUUCAGUCCUCGCCUUUUCCGAAAUCGAGGUUCAACUUCGAUAUCCCGGCCUAUGGCUCAACGUGAUCCUCAAUAUUCUCAUCUCUCUACUUCUUCCCCGGUUCUACAAACGAUUUUUGUCUUAUCUUGCAUUAAACGUAAAUUCAUACCAUCGAAUGGAAAACGGGCAAACAGUGGAGCCUGUCGAGAAUGGCACAAGCAAUGGGAAUACUGCUCUGCCGGAGGGGUCAGCGCAAAACGUGGAGGCAGAAAAUGGCAGAAGGUCGAUGGGAGAGCACAUAAAAGCGCUGUUGGGAUACUGUAAACUGCAUAUCGCGUGGUUCGGGAUGGGAUUUCUGUUCUUGAUCGUCUAUUCAGCUGGUAAGAGAAAAAAAAUGGUUACGUGGGAGACCUGAUCCAAUGGCCAAAAAACGUGCCAUUUUGCAUCCGGGAAGUAUCAAAAAUGUGGCAAAAUGCUUCCAUCUCCAAGUGAAAAAAAACUCCGAUUUCAAAAACGCGCUCACUCUUUUUGUGAGGGGAAAGCCCUUCAAAAUGAAGAUUUUUCACUUGGAGAGGGAAGCAUUUUGCCACAUUUUUUAUACUUGCCGGAUGCAAAAUGGAACUUUUUUGCCACUGGAUCAGGUCCCCCACUGUAUUAAAAAGCGGUCCACGCCUUGCAGAUGUUUUUAGUUUUCUUUUUUCAGCCCGAGUAUUCGUCCCUUACUAUGUGGGCCAGGUUCUGGCUGACAUUAUGUUGGAGUCACAUGGGAAAGAAUCCAAAUUCAUUCAUGACAUUCUAAUGUUAUGCUUCUUGACCCUGCUUAGCACCUGCUUCGCCGGACUUCGCGGUGGGACUUUUACGCAAGCAACGGCGCUGAUCAAUCGGGCAAUGAGAAAUGAUCUCUUCUCGUCGUUGGUGAAGCAAGAGAUUGCGUUCUUUGAUAGCAAUCAAACCGGUAAGUGAUGGUGUAUUCAACGAAGUUUAUGGGUUUAUAUAAAAACCUUUAUUUUGAAAAAAAAACAAUUGGACGAAAAGAUAUAUAAAAAUCGGAAAAUUUUUUUGGUUCACCCUAAUAAUUUUUCCGCAAAAUUUGACUAUUUUUUAGGCGCAAUAACCUCGCGUUUGACCACCGAUUGUCAAACGGUAGCGUCCAGUGUGUCAACCAACGUGAACGUCUUCCUGCGCAACAGUGUCAUGCUGAUCGGCAGCCUGAUCUUCAUGUUCAACCUCUCCUGGAAACUCACCAUGAUCACAUUCAUUGCGGUCCCUCCUCUAAUGACUUUCAGCAAAUAUUACGGCCGUUAUUUUGAAAGGCUCAGCGAAAAGACUCAAACCGCGAUGGCGGAUGCGAAUCGGAUGGCCGAGGAGGUGCUGGGCUCGAUGCGGACCGUCCGCGCGUUCGCCUGCGAGGAGCAGGAGAGUCGGAGGUAUUUGGACAAGCUGAAUAUCACGUUAUCCUUCAAUCGGAAGCGAGCCGUCGCCUACAUGGGAUAUGUUUGGGUCAAUGAACUAAGCGAGAAUGUUGUGCUGAUUGCUGUGCUUAUUUAUGCUGGACGCUUGGCCAUGAAAGGCCAAUUAGAUGCGGCGUCGGCAACCUCCUUUCUCUUCUACCAAAUGCAGUUGAGCGAGAACUUUACUGGUCUGAAUUACGUCUUCUCCGGGCUGAUGGAGAGUGUUGGUGCGUCGAGGAAGGUGUUGGAGUAUAUUCAUCGUGAGCCUGAGAUCAAAUACGACGGGAAACAGGAGGGUGAGAUCGAGGGCGAGAUUGAGGUGGAGAAGGUUCAAUUUGCAUACCCAAGUAGACCAACGAAUGCGGUUUUGAAGGUAAGGAUUUUGUUAUUUUGAGCUACGGUGAGGGACCUGCUCCAGUGGAAAAAACGUGCCAUUUUGCAUCCAGGAAGUAUCAAAAAUGUGGCAAAAUAUCACCCUCUCCAAGUGAAAAAAGCUCAGAUUUUAAAACCGCGCCCUUCAAAACGAAGUGUUUUCACUUGGAGAGGGAACCAUUUUGCCACAUUUUUGAUACUUCCCGAAUGCCAUUUUUUGCCACUGUCGCCUACUGUAAGAACUGAAAAACUGCCUCCUAAACCCUUCAAUUUGCAGGAGCUUUCAAUCCGAAUCUCUCCCGGUCGAACUGCCGCUUUGGUUGGCCCCAGUGGAGCUGGUAAAUCCUCCGUAAUCGCACUGCUUGAGCAUUUUUAUAACACCUCGUCAGGCUCGAUAAAGUUAGAUGGAGUUCCCAUAAGCGAUUAUGCCCAUCGAUUUUAUCAUCAGAAGGUCUCACUCGUGUCUCAGGAACCAGUUUUGUACAGUGGAUCCGUCAGAGAGAACAUAUUAUAUGGCUGUGAGGAGACGGUAACGGAGAACGAUAUGAUAGAAGCCGCAAAGUUGGCGAAUGCUUACAAUUUUAUAGUCGAAAUGGAGAAUGGAUUCGAUACGCUCUGCGGAGAGAAGGGAGUUCAAAUGAGUGGUGAGGAACAUACCGCAAAAAGUUAUUAAAAAACUGCGCUUUAGGCGGUCAAAAACAGCGAAUUGCCAUUGCCAGAGCGUUGGUUCGAAAGCCCGCCGUUCUCAUCCUCGACGAAGCCACAUCAGCGCUGGAUUCGGAGUCCGAAUAUGUCAUCCAACAGGCGCUUCAGCAAUGCUGUGUUGGCCGCACCGUCAUCGUCAUUGCUCAUCGGCUGAGCACGGUGGAGAAGGCGGACAAAAUCUUUGUUAUCGACAAAGGAAAAGUGGUCCAAGAAGGGAAUCAUCAAAGUCUGAUGCUGGAGGAAGGACUUUACAGACAAUUGGUGCAACGGCAACUGCUCAAUGGUGCGGGCGGGGAAUGGAAAAAUUGUAAAUGA